UAAUGGGCAAACCCUCUAACUUUUUUGAGUUUACCAUUUCCAACAUGGUUUUUGGUCAGAAGUGAAGCGGUAUAUAGGUGUUUGGUUUUCCUCUACAACGACAAACAUCGUCAGGCCCUGGUUAGAAAUCACUUCGGGCCUAAUCAUUAGGGACGUCAUGCUUUCAUCAACCUGGUAUUCAUUAUCCUUCCAAAAGGACGAUGUCCAAAUUCUGCGACUGGUCAUAACGCUGUGCUUCAGUUUGAAGGUCGCCACUUCUGCUAGUAUUAACAGCUCCAGUACUGGGACCAGCUCGUUUUGCCCGGACGCACAGACAGAUCAGGUGUUUCCUUACCUAAGUGAUUCCAAUGGUGAAUUUUUAUCCUCCAUAUGGCGUCCUGAGGACCUAGCAGAUAAUAUGUUUAUCACGUUACCAAGGAAACGACACCUGACAAUAUUAGACAUAUCUCGAAGAGUCAUUUACCCUAAUUCUGGAAGUCUGUUAUGGACAGAAGGAAAUGAAACUUAUUCAGAGGAAUUGUCUGAAAGAUGUCUUUUUCAAGGCAGUGUUGUUGGACACCUUGACAGCAGUGUGGCGGUCUCCCUUUGUAACGGUCUAAAUGGCUACAUCAUGACCGACCAAGAGGAGAUAAUGGUAGAAAAGCCAGCAGACGAUAUAUACCACUCAUUGACUGUAUGUAAUAUAGAAAACGAUGAAAAACGACAGGAGGAAAAGAGAUCUCGCAGGCGCAGAGCUGCCCCUAGAAGCCGGAAGUACAUGGAAGUGCUCGUGGUUGUUGAUUCCAAGACAGUGGCCCUUGUAAGCAAUGAGGCUGUUAAAACAUACGUCCUUACCAUUAUGAAUAUAGUUAAUUUGAUAUAUCAACAUGACUCACUUACUUCAGACAUCGAAAUUAUCACAUCUAAGAUCAUAAUGAUGGACAAGGAUACGGAAAAGAAUGUAGUACGGGCGUCGGACGCAAGACGGACAGUAGAUAACUUCUGUAGAUGGACAACGGUUCAAGCCUACAACAACCGUUACUAUGGCGGAGGAAUUAAUUUUGACGUCGCUGUCCUCCUCACGCGGACGGUCAUGGGACCAGCAGGUUAUGCUCCUAUCACGGGAAUGUGUAACCCUGCUAGAAGCUGCGCGGUUGUCAAGGACGAUGGGUUUACAUCUGCCUUUAUCGUCGCCCACGAAGUGGCCCACGUCAUAGGUUUGUAUCAUGACGGGCAUGGAAACACGUGUCAUGGACGGCAGUAUUCUACAGCCAUCAUGGCGCCAAUGGUCCAGUCCAACCUCCAACAUUAUUGGUGGUCUACAUGUAGCAACGACCGCAUGAAUCAAAUGUUGCUGGGUUUGACAUGUUUAAACAACAACCCACUGACCCGAGAAAAUACGGGUCACGUGACAGAUCCUAUUGGCGACCUUUGGUCUUUUGACCAGCAGUGUCGGUAUGAGUUCGGCGGCAGGCACACGGCUUGCAGAGCGUAUUACGGUGACCUUUGCGCCCAGCUAUGGUGCGGUGACCGCAGUGGACGCCGAGUUUGCAAGACCAAGAGGGCAAGAGCACUAGAGGGUACAUCAUGUGGCACGGAUAAGUCUUGUAAGGAAGGAGUUUGCACUUACCAUGGGCGGAAGGAUCCGGUCAAUGGAGGCUGGGGUGAAUGGGCAGCUUGGGGGUCGUGUUCAAACGACUGUGGAGUUGGUCUCAAACAAAGAGCCCGUAGUUGUAACAACCCUAUACCUCUGUAUGGCGGCCGUUUAUGUACUGGUGAAGAUGAACAGAUAGAGACUUGUACAAGUGAGGUCUGUACGUCCUAUUCUGACAUCCGGGCGUUACAGUGUACAGUUCUAGAUGCCCUGCCAGUUCGCUCGUCCCGGAAUACCUGGCUCCCCUAUCAGACGGACAAAGAGGAACUUCUUUGUUCUCUAACCUGUAUAUCUAACACUACCGGGGAAAUAGCAACAUUCAGGGACAUCCCCAUGGAUAACGGCACGCCCUGCAAAUACGACCCACCUUACGGGAUCUGCAUGGAUGGAAAAUGUGUGGCAGUCGGAUGUGAUGGAGUCAUCAACUCUACUAUAACUGAGGAUGAUUGUGGUGUGUGUGGCGGUAACGGUUCCGACUGUAAAACGGUCAAAGGUCAAUUCCGCCGGAAGUUGGCAUAUGCCGGACGCAAUGACGUGUACGAGAAAAUCCUUGUCCUCCCAAAGGGAUCACGCGGGAUCAACGUGACCGAAUCAAAACGGUCCCCACACUUCCUCGCUUUAAAAGACCCAUAUUACGGUUCGUAUCCAUUAAAUGGAUAUGGAAAGCCAGGGUCAUCCAAAAAGUUCGUCGCUAAUGGCGCAUGGUUUGUAUAUACGUCAAAAUGGAAUUUGGAGAGUUUGGAGUCCAUUGGUCCACUGAGGAAGGAACUCCACUUGCUGGUUUAUCCACAAAAUGCCAAAGAAGAGGCCGAUAUCCAUUAUUCGUACACUGUCAUGAAAGACGAUUAUACUUACGAGAAAAACAUUUUUGAAUGGAAGUACGAGGGUUGGACGGACUGCAGUGUAACUUGUGGUACAGGUGUUCAGAGCCUGGUAUACGGCUGUUACAGUAAAGAAAAUGCAACCAAAGUUGACGAUGAACAAUGCAAAUAUUUAGAAGGAAAAGACAGCGAACCCGUUAAAUGCGAAAGGAUGCAAUGCAGUGCAUUCACAUACUACUGGACGAUGUUGGUUGAAUGGAGUGAGUGUUCUGCCACCUGUGGAGACAAUGGUACUCAGACACAGAUGUAUACGUGUGAAAUGCGCAACUCUGACGGUACCGGAGAUGAGGUAGAUCUUUCAAUGUGUAGUGGUCUGCCACAUCCGAACUACACACGUGCUUGUAAUCGGAUACCUUGUGUGAACCCCACAGUUCCCGACAUUUUUAAGUGGAUCGUUUACAACUGGAGCGAGUGUAGCACCACGUGCGGUGACCAUGGUGUCCAGAUGGCCACAGUCGAAUGCAUCAGACUUGCCGUUGACAAUAUAACAGAGGUAGUUGAUGAUGGUUUCUGUUUGAAUGAGUCGGAACCGAAUAGGACACGAUCGUGCUCCCUGGAACAAUGUGUUGAAUAUACAUAUCAAUGGAUUUUGUCAGAUUGGAGUGGAUGUAGUGUUAGUUGUGGGGAAGGGGUGGAGAGAUUGUGGUAUGUAUGUGAGAGGGAAUCAGUAGGGGCCUUUGAGGCUGUAUCAGGGACGUUCUGUGAUAGUUUACCGAGUCCAAAUUCAACUCGUCCUUGUGCAAGGGACCCAUGCUAUCACUACCAAUGGAGUGCUUAUCAAUGGAGCGAGUGUUCCACCACGUGUGGUGAUGACGGUGUGCUUGAAGUUAUGUUUGUAUGUGACCAAAUAUCACCUGACAAUGAAAGUAUCACUGUUACUGUAAAUAAUAGAUAUUGCAACAACAUUCCAAGACCAAAGUCUACAAAAACUUGCAACCGAAUACCUUGUUACACUCAUGAAUGGGUCGUAAACAGCACGGAGUGCAGCGAAAGUUGUGGUGACGAAGGAAUUUUAGACAUGGUGUACGCAUGUCAGAAAAUACAUGGAAAUGGUACGCUUCUAGAAUACGUAGACAAUGAAAAUUGCUAUGAAAAUGAGCGACCGGAAGUAGAAACUGCUUGCAACAGAAUUCCAUGUCCGGUGCAGACAUACACCUGGAAGACAUUUGAUUGGGUGCCGUGUUCACAUUUAUGUGGGUCCGACGGCAUUCAGAUCCCGAUACUUAGCUGUCAGACAUCAGAAGCUGAAGAGGUUGACCCUACACUGUGUGGACCUGUGACGUCACCACCGACAGCAUUAGAGUGCAACAGAUUUCCAUGCCCUAGGGAAUGGCAGUCUAGCGAAUGGUCAAAGUGUUCCGUAUCCUGUGGUGGUGGGGUUCGGACUCGCAAUGUAUUCUGCACUCAACCUGAGCCCGAAAAUGAUGACGUCAGUCAGUGUCCAGGAGAUCGCCCCAGUAGAGAGCAGAAGUGUAACACUGGCUCAUGUUCUAGAGGUCGCCGGUGUGUACAAGAUCGAAUACGUUCAUGUCCACGACGCGCCUCAAGGGCCAAGUGUUCCUACGCGAGCUACAGAAAAAUGUGUUGUAGGACAUGUCAGCGAUUACUACGGCUCGGCUAGACAUCAACAGACACCUAACAGUAGCUGCCAACGUAAGUGUUAGGUUUUUUUUUGGCAAAGGCUGUGUUUGAAAAGCUGUCAACGUUAUUGUAAACAUUUUGGCAGACAGUGGUUGAAUGGCUGUCAACGUUAGGGUGAAAAUUGCGAUAAAUGCAAUAGGUGAAUGUCAUCGAAUGUGAGUGUGAACAUUUGGGUCAUAGCUUGUAGUGUUAGGGAAGAAUUUUGGGUAAGGCCAAAGUUUGACAGCCACCAAUGAUAGGCUUGACAUUUGAGCAAAGACUAUGGUUACAUAGCUGUCAAUGUAAGAGUUGGCAUUUUGGCAAAAAAACCUGUGACAAAAUAGGGGUUCCUAUAAACGAUAAGCUGGGCAUAUGGGCAAAUGCAGAUGAUGACUACUGAGAAUUAUUUGCCUACGUUUCGAUGGAACUUUCAGCAAACAGAUGACUCUUGUGGAAUAAACACCAGUGUUAAAGUAAUUUAACAAAAUCAGAUUAUAAUUGCUGGACAAAAGGUGAACGUUAGGGGUUGAUCUAUAUUCGGACGAAGACAGAGAGGUUUGGAAUCGGUAACAAUAUAUUAGAACAAUUACCAAGAGAAUUUUUGUCGAUACAGGAAUAAUUAUUGAUGUUAUUUAUCUUUAUUGUUUAAAGUGUUUCAAAUAUCAUUAGAUAAACAGGAAAAAAUGACCCUGGUACUGUUUAUUGAAAAAUCAAAAUGUUGCUUUGCUUUUUUUUUAUUAAUGACGCGCCUUUGCAGGCUGACAACGUCCUGUUUGCUAGUACAAUGCGUUUUUUCUAUCUGCAAAAGUGUACAAUUUAUUUGAGGAAUAAAUGUCAUACCGGUAUAUUUAAAUAUGUGUUACUGUAGUUAUGAUUUCCAACGCUUUGCUUUAAACGUAAAUUCUAACUCGAUUUAAGCUCAAAGAAGUCGUUACCGAAAGUGUAAUCCAUUACAUGGAGAAACCAUUUGACUGAUGUACUCCCGCCGUUCCAAUGGUGGUAAUUAUAGCAUGGCCAUUUCUACGUCCAUCAAGGAGGUUGAUAUAUACAAAGCUGUCUUUUUCCUGUGUUUAUGUGGGGUUAUAUAUACUGUGUACAUGGUUUGGUAUGAUAUAUUUAUAGAGUCAAUGUAUACAUAUAUACAGUGUGUGGUGCUAUGUAAAAUCCAUAUACAUUUUUAAGGUUAUACAUUUUGUUGAUGUUCACAGGAAAAUAAAUACACAGAUACCAAACGAAACAUGAAAAUAAGGAAUUGAUUAUCGGGUUUUAUAUAAAGGAUAGAAAAUAUAUAGAUAAUAAAGGAAAUGCCCACACAUCGCAAACAUCAGCGUUAAUUGUGAAAUAAUAUCCUUGAAAAUUGAAAACAUUGACAGUAUAAUAUAUAUCAUGGUAAUGCUUUAUAACUCGAUCAAGCAUUUUCAUUACAUUAUGUAGCUUAAAAAUUAUGUUAUCAGUCCAUAGCGUAAAAUGACGUCACCAAUUGUAACGUCGGCUUUGGCUGUCUGAAACAAUGGCGUACUAAUUUCUGGGGGAAAAUGAGACAUCAUAAAAGUAGAUUUCUACAUAGAUUGUGUAAAGUAUAUUAAAUUAUAAGGCCUAACUUGAAUAUAUUUUGUUUUCAUUUUAUGGAAGUACAAAAAGGGGAGUACUCUCAUCAUUAAUCACAUCACGGUUUGUCGACACUAAACAAUAUCCAAUCUGAUCCUUAAAUUACGAUACAUGGAGUAUAUUAAUUGAUUAUCAUUUUCUUAUUAAUUAACAAAAGUAAAAAAAUAUUGUCAUCAAUUGAGGCCUGAUCCGGUAUGAAGUGAUUGGCAGACGUACCUGUAUUUAUUCUGUGAUCAGAAAAAAAACGUUCAUUAAUUUCAAUAUAUCGCGAUCGUAAGUUUUCCAUUGUAUUACCUUGAAAUUAGUUCCCAUCGUCUUCUUAAAUGUAAUUCAAUGUGAACGAGUUAGAAUUUGUUUGACGAUAUAUUACUUGGAUUCGGGUAAUUUGCGUUAGAAAGGUCAUAUAUUCAAAAUUUUGAUACAUUUAACAUAUAUAUCAUGCAAAAAUAUCACAGGAAGGGCAAGAUAACAAAUAAAAAGACUACAAAAAUAGGGUAGUGGUUUGUAUAGACAAAGUGCUAGGGCCUUGAGCUUUGGGCAAUAUUUGUAUACACAUAUUGACAGAACUACUGUUUUUAGGUUUUAAGACACAACUAGCAUAGUCUUUAUAGAGGAAAUGGUUUUUCUUUAAUUUUUGAGGUUCAAGUCGCAUUGGAAAGACAAAGUCGUGCAGUUAAAUAUGAUAGGGAUACGCGUGGUAUCAUUACUGUCAUACCGGCGACAAUAAGAAUGAAUAAAACAAUUAGCACGUUUCAUACAUAUUUGAAAUGUUUUGAUGAAAUCUGUUGGAAAACCGUGCUGAACACAAAAUAGUGAACAUAUCUAACAAGAUUUUAUAUUUGUUAGAAUCCCUUAAAAAUUGAUGACGAUAUUGCAUUGAUUUUGUAAAUUUUGUUUGUUAUAUUGAACAUUUCGUGUACAUUUUUAUACGUUUUGUAGUAGAAGUUUACAAUUCAACUAUUUGUAUGAAGUGUGGUGCUAAAGGGAUUUUUGGUCUCGUGAAAGAGACAAUAUGUGUAUAUUUUGUAAAUAUUGAUCAAAUUUGAAAUGAUGCAAUUAAAAUUACUGAAAUAAAA